AUGGCCGCACUCGCCAACAACGCAAACCACGGCGCUCACCACGCUCCGCCUCAGACUUACGAAGAAAGACUCGCCAACGCCGUUUGGGCAGGAGAACGGUACAACCUUCGAAAACAAGGCAACAUUCGUGAGUCCGUAAACCCCCUUACAUGGGGACGCUUGGAUCCUUUCAUGGCCAUUGGGGAUUCGUAUAACAGAUUCGAAUUCUCCCUCGCAAAGACUAGGUAUACCAUGGGGCGUGCAGCGGACAACGACAUCGUGCUUCAAAACAAACUCAUCAGUCGUCACCAUUUGACUAUUGAGUACCAUCCCGAGAAGCGCGUUGUGACUGUGACGGACCACUCCACACGGGGCACGUGGGUUUACAAACCACCUACUCGUAGCUAUGAUGGUCUUCUCGAGAGGGGCGUUCCAUACCCGCUCACCGACGGAGAUUACCUUGAGGUGGGGUAUCACACCUAUGUGUUUCACUCGCACGUCGGCCAGCUAGUCGAGCGUCCGAGUACACGGGACUACCUGGAAUACGAAUCCAUGCUGCUCCGCGUCCUCCCUGCUGUACAGGACCACAUACGCAACGUGAUCUGCUCCCACAAGCACAUCGAGCCGCAAAACUGCAAUUCCAAUGAUAUACACACAAACGCGAGCCUGCUCAAUGAGAAGGAUGCUCGAAAGAUGCUAGCCAUCCACCUGAUGCUUGGCCACCUCGCCCCGGAGAAUGGGCCCGUAUAUCCCGACAUCCCCGUACCGCGCAACGACAACAACCGCGACCGAUCCCCCUCACCCACCCCGGAAAAACGCAAUAAAUCAACUCCGCCGCCGACUCCAAGUCACCCCCGGCGCGAAACCCCUCCUCCGUCACGCUCGAGCAAGAAGCAGCGCGAAGAAUGGCCUACAUGGGCGCUGUUCGGCCGGAAGGACAGCGAAGGACGCCUCCCGCCAAUGGUCGGCUACUCCCCAGGCCCUACCCCCUGGGACAUCGCGGAGCGAAUCCGCAAGUCCAAACUCGCACCCGCGCCCGAGGCCGGUCCCUCGCGCAAGCGCUCCCGCGACUCCGAAGACUCAAACGUGUCUGACUCAAGCGACGACGAGCGCCCCGCCCAGCGCCGCCGCUCACCCGCACCGCCGCCCGAGACGCCCGCGGCACCACGCCGGGCUCUGCGGCGCGGAAAACGCACUCCCUCGAUGUACAAUGUUGUCGACGCCGAAGCCGGACCCUCGAUGCGCCUUCCCGCUCAUAUGCGCAAUAUUCGCAAGCGCUCUCACGACGAGAGCGAGGAGGACGAGGACUCCUCGAGCGCCGGGGUCAAGGCCGAGCUAUCAUCCCCUUCCCCCUCUCCCGCGCCUGCGUCCAAAAGGCGCCGCACACAGAAGACGAACCCCAGAUCCGAGCCGGAGAUCAAACGCGAGCCGAGGACCCGCGCGCGCACUCAGCCGCAGGCCCAACCUACCCGCCGCUCUCAGCGUAUCGCGGGGCAACCGGAUGAGGCGCGGGCGCCGGCUCGCGCAGCGCCACUGGGUCCUGUGGCGGCUGUGAAGAAGGCAGCGCAGGGGAAGAAGAAGGCCGCAGGGAGUGCCGGGGGCCGGAGGAGGCGCUAG